GAAGGGUUGAUACAUUCAGGGCUGGUUCGGGACGGUUUUUUUAAAAAGUACAGAGGUGGCCCCAGCACAGAGGAGCUCCUGCUCAGCUGUUACUAGGCAAAGAGCGAAAUGAUGACAUGAUGGGGAAAUAGUGCAAUAUUUGAACAGCCCUCCAGUCCUGGCUGCUUUUUAAAAAACAAACCCCAAUAUGUUAUUUGCUUUACUAGUUUUAUUUACAACCCGUUCCCCAUUAGCACCUCCCCUGAUUACUGAGGAGGGAGCGCUAUAUCAGGAGAGAUGGCUGAGAGAGCUAUGCCAGGAAAACCCCGCAAACCAGCUACCUCGGGGAGCUGGGUUUUCUUUUUUCUCACGCUUUUUUGUUUAUUUGUUUUGUUUAAAAACAUUUUGAAGAGUAAACACAAAAGUAAAGGGCAGGUAUAAAGUGCCUGUUGGUAAGAGGUCAGAGGAACAAGGAACAACCUCCAUCUACUGGCUAGAUCACUACGUCUCCUCUCCUUCCAAAACCCCAUUCCUCACUCAUUAGGAAGGGACCAGUUUUGGGGGAAGCUGCUAAGGUCUUAAGGUAAGAUCCUGCCUGAGUCUUUGCUAAGAAUACAGCUGUUUAGACCUCACCGAUGUCAUUUGCUUGCCUUUUUUUUUUUUUUUUUUUUUUUUGUGAGCCGCACAGAAUGGUCUUUUCCCCAGGUGUAUUCGCAAGCGACAUUUGGUGCAUGUGAGUGUGUUUUAAUCUAGAAAUAGCAGCCUUCGAAGAUUGAGCCAUUCUUCUUAAUAAAAGAGAGGUUGGGAGGGGGGGAAGUGGUUUUGGUUGUUUUUUUGUUUGGUUGGUUUUUGUUUUUUUGGAAAGCUUCUUUACCAAAUACACUAAAAUAUGACCAGUUCCCUGGGAAGCUUCUUGCGUCCUUGUUCUGCUUACAACCAGGGUGCAAAUACAAGGUUCAUAGAAAACAAUUAACAAGCUAACAGUUCUGAGCUGCUCAACACAGUUCGGUGCUAGGCUAUAAUCUUGCUCUGCCUCUUUCUUUGGGAUGUGUGAUUAUGUGUUUGUGGUUACUCCCCAUUUGGCUAUGUGUUUGGCAUGACUGUGCCGCAUUGUUUGUAAUUAAAACAACCUCUCCUCAAGCCAAUUAAUACAUGCACAUUUCCAGGUUACCGGGAGAUACAAGCACUUUGCUCUGGCCGGGUUUUGUCCUCCAAUUGUUCUAUAGAUAAAGAUAAUCCGUGUUUGUGUUACUCAAAGACCAAGAGCCACCGUACCGCCAGCCUGGGGAAGAGAAGCUGAUUUUGUGACUCUCUGAGAUUGUAAUGCACCAGCUUUCUCCAUUUCUGGAUCAUUCGAAAGUUGCCCGCAGAAUAUUUAUGGGAAUCCGAGCAGACUUCACCUGAUAGAAAAAAGGCGAUGCUGGCAGAGAGGCUAUUUCUGACAUCGAAGCGGAUAUUUACACGCCAAUAUCGUUUCCUCAAAAUGCAAUGCAUUUAACUGCUGAAAGCCGCGACGUCUGAGGCCACUGCAGAAGGGAUGUAACUACGUUCAGCCAUGCUUUUCCACGGGAUCUCCGGAGGCCACAUCCAAGGAAUCAUGGAGGAGAUGGAGAGGAGAUCCAAGACCGAGUCCCGCCUGGCCAAAGGCGGACAAAUGAACGGCCGGGAAACGAACAUGCCCCCAAUGAGCCCCGAGAAGCCUGCUUUGUGUGCUGGUUGUGGAGGGAAGAUCUCAGACAGAUAUUACCUGCUGGCUGUUGACAAACAAUGGCACCUCAGGUGUCUUAAAUGCUGUGAAUGUAAACUGGCUUUGGAGUCAGAACUCACCUGCUUUGCCAAGGACGGCAGUAUUUACUGCAAGGAGGAUUAUUACAGAAGGUUCUCCGUGCAGAGAUGUGCCCGCUGCCACCUUGGGAUCUCAGCCUCUGAAAUGGUCAUGAGAGCCAGGGAGUCGGUUUAUCACUUGAGCUGCUUCACCUGCACCACCUGCAACAAGACUCUGACCACAGGCGAUCACUUUGGCAUGAAGGACAACCUGGUUUACUGCAGGGCCCAUUUCGAGACCCUUUUGCAAGGCGAAUACCCGCCUCAGUUGAGCUAUACUGAGCUGGCUGCCAAGAGCGGAGGGCUGGCACUGCCUUACUUCAAUGGCACUGGCACAGUCCAGAAAGGGAGGCCCAGGAAGAGAAAAAGCCCAGCUCUAGGAGUGGACAUCGUCAGUUACAACUCAGGUUGUAAUGAGAAUGAGGCAGAUCACCUGGACAGAGACCAGCAGCCUUACCCCCCCUCCCAGAAGACUAAGCGCAUGCGCACUUCCUUCAAACACCACCAGCUCCGCACCAUGAAGUCCUACUUUGCUAUCAACCACAACCCAGAUGCCAAGGACCUCAAGCAGCUUGCCCAGAAAACGGGCCUGACCAAGAGAGUUCUGCAGGUUUGGUUCCAAAACGCAAGAGCCAAAUUCAGAAGGAACCUUUUGCGGCAGGAGAAUGGGGGUGUCGAUAAAGCUGAUGGCACGUCACUUCCGGCACCGCCCUCAGCAGACAGCGGCGCUCUCACUCCACCCGGCACUGCGACCACUUUAACAGACCUGACCAAUCCCACUAUCACUGUAGUGACAUCAGUGACCUCUAACUUGGACAGCCACGAAUCCGGGAGCCCCUCACAAACUACCUUAACGAACCUUUUCUAACAUUUGAAUAUUUUUUUUAUUCUUAUUCUUCUUUAUUAUUAUUUACAAGACUCUUUAUUUUUUUUAAACAAACCCACAAAAUAUUUGGGAAAACAAACAGCUUGGUGUGUAGCAUCUGCAGCCACUUGGCAAAUGAGUUUGCAGUAAUAUGUCUCCAUUAUAAAUGAACAUACUUUGUCUAUAAAUUGUAUUUGGAUUUUUUUUUAAUUCAUCAGACAAUUGAAAGGAAAGUUAUGAAGCAUUCUAAUAAGUGCCUCUUAAAAUUGUAUGUUACUUAUUUCCAGAAUCUUGGGGGGAGGAGAGGGAGAAGGAAAUUAUAUUCCCACUCUGAUAAUUGGAGAAAGCCUCUGACAGUUCAUUUAAAGCCAAUAGUUUGCUACUCCAGGGUUGUAUGUGCAUUUAUGGAGUUUCAGAGUCCUAAGUCUAACUUUAUUUUUAUAAUACAUGUUCAAGUUUCAUACUAUGUAUUUUUCACACCUACAAAACAAAUCAAAUUAGGAAUUGGAAUAGACAGAGGCAUUCCAAGUGUCAAUGCUUCUUCUUCUUCUUGUAUAAAUAUUAGUUAUGAGCUUGACCCUGUAUUCAUUGAGCACCCAAAAUUCCCACGCAGGUCAAUAAUCUCAACCCUGCAAGACAUUCAUCCAUGUGGAAUGUCCAUUGACACCAAUGGGAGUAGGGCAUGGAUGGAGGAUUUGCAGGAUUAGGCUUAAUGGGAGUGGUGUGUAGGUAAGGACUGCAAGAUCGGGCCCUUGGUCUGUGAAUUCUGCAUUAUGCACACCAAAGGCCCUAAUCCUACAAACGCUUAUGCUCCAGAGUAACUUUACUUAUGUAAGGAGGCUCACUAAGGUAUACACCAGAGGAACAAUUCAAAUGAGGAGUCCCAUUGAUUUCAAUGAGUUUUUUCAUAGGAGUAAGGUUACUCUGUUGCAUGACUGUUUGUGGGAUUGGGCCACAAGGCUGAAUAAUUCAAUAUAAUUUUUAGUAUUGCCGAGGCAAGAUUUCAUUUUUUCCCUCUCUGCCAUAAAUGCCGCUGAUUUUAAUUUAAAAAAUAAAUAAAUGAAAACAAUUAACUCUAUAUGGCCCUGAUCCUGCACCAUUAAAGCCAAUGGGAGAUUUGUCAUUAACUUUAGUGAGUGUAGGAUGAAGUUCUAAAAGUAUACCUAUGUUUAUUACUAAGGCAAUUCUCGAUGAAUUAAACUUUUUCAGGGAAGAUGGAAAUAAGCAAAAUAUAAUUUAUUAAGAUGUUUAAGGAAACUGAUUUUAGGACAUUCUAUUCAUGCUAUUUUGAAUUUAUUUUAGAUGUUUCAUGAGAUUGUAUCAGACACUUUGUUUAAUACAUGAAUUUAAAUCUUUAGUACAUUAAUAUUUCUAAUAUAUACUUUAAUUUUUUAACUUUUGUAUAAAAGAAAAAGCAUUAGAAGAAUUCCUAUGAAAUUUGGAAUUGGCAGUGAAUAGCUUUGAGGCAGAUAAACUCAGAAGACCUUGUGGAUGCUGAUCUAAAUACAUUUCCUAGUUUACAAUAGCAUUUUUUUCUUUUUUAAUUUUUUUUUAAUUUUAAUAAAACUAAAAGUCUGAAUGGUCUGGGCAGUGGUGAAUGUUCAUUUGUUCCCCUUUAUUGUAGUUAAAAAUAAUUAGAUUGUGGAAAGUCUGAGACACAAAAAUAAAAAAAAACAGUCAAGAUCUACAUCUUGCUUUCGUGGAUUGUUAAGAAUAACUUUGCACAUAGAAUCCACUUUUUAGACCCCAUCAAAUCUCUCUUUUGGUGGUGAAAGUGGCUAUUUAAUAUAUUUCAAAGGUGUCCUUUUUGGCUGUAUAAAUGUGUGGUUACAUAUUGACAGUUCACUGCCCACAUUAAAGUGCAUUAUUGUAACUUUUGCUCAGGGUUUUUAGAAAAUUAGCACAGAAAAGUAGCUUAUUUUUUAAAAAAAAGAUGAUGGAAGAGAUGUUAACACUGUAAUAGAAGAAAGGUGUGUUUGCCAUUAUAUAUUUAGCAAGUAUGGUUAUCAUCUUCUAUGGAGCUUAAAUCUUGACUUUUCCUAUUUCUAUAACCUUAUGGGCAUUUACCACUAACCAGACCAAACAACCUUGGUAAGGCUGAUAUCUUUAUUAAUACACUUUUACAGGUAAAAAUAUUGAUACUUAUAAAUUUUGUUCUUUGACAGAACAAUAUAUGGUACUAUAGAUCUACUUUAUUAAGUAGACUAAUUAUAACUCAGUUCUACUAUGUGCCUUAUGAUAUAACUUGGGAGUAAGUUUGUGAAAAAUCAGGAUAUAUGUGUUGUUUGUUAAAUUAACUGUUUUAAGCCCUUUUGACACCUCACUAGUUUUGUACUGUUUUACCUCUUAUUUCUGAAACUCUUUUUAUGGUGUAUCCUGUUAGAGGGGACAAACAUGUCAUAGAAAGCAGUUGUGCACUCUUUCAGAUAUAGUUGAUAAAUUCAAUAAUCUUAUAUAUUGAGCUUCGUGUUUAUAGUACAGUAAGUGGUCUAGCAAAAUUGUCCAUGUUUCUUUGUUUAUUGAUAAAUGCAUUGUAUAGAAACUAUUUCCCCUAAAUAUUUAUGGACCAAACAAUUGUGAUAUAUCCUAUUAAAUUUGUGUGAAUAAAUCAUUUUGGAUCCAAGGAGUUUUAUUUCCCAUCAGUUUUUUUUUUUAAAUUUAAAGUCUACCUGUAUCUAUGUGUCUGCAUUUUUAUUAUGGAUGAAUGAAUGAAUGGUGUUAAACAUGGGAAUGCAAGCUUAUAAAUGUGAUUUCUUUUUAGGUUUCACUUUCUUCAUAGUAAAUGUACUUACCAUUGAUGGCGCAACUUAGGUUUUAAUUUUUAAACCCCCUCCCCUUUUUUUUUGCACAUGAAAAGUAAUGCCCCACUGAUUUGAUAUUGCAACCUUAUCUUAGGAUUUUAAAAAUCAGAUAACUAGCAGCUACAGUAAUUGCAUGAAAAAUAUAACAAAUAAUUAUGAUGAAAUGAAUCAAGAUUUAAUGCUAGGUAUAUUGAACACAAACUAGAAUUGCAGACCCCUAAAAGCCAGGUUGCUCUGUAGUUUAAUAAAUUGUCACUAUGAU